AUGCGACCCACUGGAAAAAACCCCCCUCAGGAUAAACAAACUGCUAAUUAUCCAGAUGUGGCAUUUUUUGAUUUAGAUUACACAGUAUGGCCAUGCUAUUGCGAUACACAUUUAUCGCCACCAUUCAAACCAAUAGCUACAGAAAAACAACAAAAAAAUGGAAUAGUUACUAGAGUAGUUGACUCUUAUGGUUACGAAUUGGAGUAUUUCCCAGAUAUUCCACGUAUUUUAAUCGAUUUACACAAGAAUGGAGUUAAAUUGGUUACUGCUUCCAGAACAUGGGCACCAAAUAUAGCGAUUGAAUUGUUGCAUAUGUUUACCAUACAAAUAGAAGAUGGAGCCACUAGCAACGCACCCAACAAUAUUAUUUCGUUAUAUGAUAUUUUUGAUGCCUUUCAAUGGGGAGACCAUUCGAAACAGCAUCACAUAAACAAUGCGCUUAAUGAAUUGUAUCCCACAGUUGAUGGCGAUAACAAUAAAGAAAAGAAAAAAAACAACCUAAGAGUUGUUUUGUUUGACGACGAGAGAAGAAAUAUAGAAGUUGAAAAGCGUAAGGGUUGCAAAUUUGUAUUUGUUAAGAAUCCCGAUGAAGGCUUAACUUGGGAAAUCUAUCAAGAGUAUCUGAAGAGCUUAUAG